GCCGGCAACGACGUGUGGCAGUACUACAGCGGCGGCGUCGUGACGGCGUGUCCCGGCGCGCAGUCGGACCACGCAGUCAUCGCCGUCGGCUACGGCACUACGUCCAGCGGCACCAACUACUUCAAGGUGCGCAACUCGUGGGGCGCGUCGUGGGGCGAGGCUGGCUACAUCCGCCUCCAGCGCGGCGUUGGUGGCAAGGGCAUGUGCAACGUCGCCGAAAUGCCCGCGUACCCCAAGAUCGUCAAGGCGUAA